CCAUGUGUCUCGAGACGCGUUUUUAACAGCUGAAGUUCUUUUUUCGCCUGACACGACGUCUAAAAAACGCGGUGCUCUUGCGCGAGACGCUGAAAAGAAAACAGCAAGAUGCAGCGCAACGAAUAUAACAGAACGCAUGUGUCUCGAGACGCGUUUUUAACAGCUGAGGUUCUUUUUCCGCCUGACACGACGUCAAUAAAACGCGGUGCUCUUGCGCGAGACGCUGAAAAGAAAACAGCAAGAUGCAGCGCAACGAAUAUAACAGAACGCAUGUGUCUCGAGACGCGUUUUUAACAGCUGAGGUUCUUUUUCCGCCUGACACGACGUCUAAAAAACGCGGUGCUCUUGCGCGAAAUGCAGCGCAACGAAUAUAACAAAACGCAUGUGUCUCGAGACGCAUUUUUAACAGCUGAAGUUCUUUUCUUUCCAAUCGAGAUGCGGCGCAGCGGUCAAAGACGUCCAUCUAGCGUUUGUUAACAUAGAAAAACAGCGUAGCAGACGGACGCAAAAAUACGUUCGGUGUGAAUAAUAUAAUUAAUUCGUACUUUAGUCAAUUAGGCUACUCUACGAGUCUUUGUUAACUUUACGCUCCUCUGUGGGAUUUUGCAAACAAAUGAGAGGCGUACAGGUGUAGGUUUACAUCCCACAGACCAAUCACUUCAGCUGAACGCAUCACUCAGGUAGUAGAGGUCCGGCUAUAUAUACAGUAGCUGAUCUCAAACCUGUCCAUCACACUGUACCUGCCUCAGGUGAGAGAACAAACCCCAUUAACCUCGGUAAAAGCUUUAAUCCGCAACAUGUCAGCAAUCAGGAAUACUCUGGGUUCCAGAAAUUUCUCCAGCUCAAGUUUAACUGGCAGCUUGGGUCAAAGGGGCAACAUGUUCGGGGCCUUUUCCCCAGCCACUUUAGGUAAUUUGGCCAACAACUUACGUCCGUACGUACAGGUGAACAGUAACGCUUUUGCCCCAGCGGAUGAUAAGGAAACCAUGAAGGGUCUGAAUGAUCGUUUGGCUGGGUACCUGUCAAAAGUGCGACUUCUGGAGGAGUCCAACACUCAGCUGGAAGAGCAAAUCAAAGAGGCUUUGAUGAGAAAAGAAGCAGAGAGCGGCAGAGAUUGGAGCGUGUACGAGAAGACCAUUGCUGACCUGAGAGAUCAGAUCCAGGAAAUGGCCAUGGACAAUGCCAGACUCUUUCUUCAGAUAGACAAUGCUCGUCUGGCUGCGGAUGAUUUCAAAGUCAAGUUUGAGUCAGAGCAAGCCAUGCGACAAGGGGUGGAGCAGGAUCUUGCACGCCUACGCAAAAUGCUGGACGACACUUACAUGGGACGUAUGCAAUUGGAGAGCCAGAUCGAGUCUAUGAGGGAAGAACUGGCCUUCCUUAAGAAGAGCCAUGAUGAGGAUGUAGCCAACCUGAGAAAUCAGAUCAAUGAAUGCCAAGUAAAUGUGCAAAUGGACUCUAAAAAAAGUGAAGACCUCAACGACACCAUUAACAACAUCCGCGCGCAGUAUGAGCGAGCCGCGCAGAAGAGUCGUGAAGACACUGAAGCCUGGUAUCAAAACAAGUUUGACAACAUCACAGCUGAAGUGACUCAGAACACAGAAGCUCUGCAGGCUGGGAAAACAGAGCUAAAUGAACUGCGCAGACAGAAACAGUCUCUAGAAAUCGACCUGCAGGCUCUGCACAACAUGAUUAGAUCCCUUGAAGAUACACUGCAUGACACGGAAGCACGCUAUGGUCAGGAGGUCAGUGGGCAUAACGCUCGAAUCGUGCAGCUGGAGGGAGAGCUGGGGCAGGUGCGCGCUCAGGUGGAGCGUCAGCGGGCUGACUACCAGGCCUUGCUGAACCUAAAAAUGAAACUGGAAGCGGAGAUCUCCACCUAUCACCAGCUCCUGGAAGGUGUUGGUGAGGACAAGGGAGAUGAUAACAGAGUGGAAUUUUCAUUAGAGCAAGCGCUGUGUGCAGGACCUCCUAGUGGCUCUUAAGAAAGCCACCAUGAGCCAAGAAAUAGUGGACGGAGGGGUAGUCUCCCAGCAUGAAUUUGAGCAAAAUCCUAUUAAUUAUUACAACCAGGAGUGGGAAGAGGAAGAGGAGGAUGAAGAGGCACCUGCUGAGCAG